AGCAGUCUAACGCCAAACUUAGCGCUCCCCUCCCCCCCUCCUCUCCCUCUCUUUCUACAUACAGAAAGGUGGGCUUCUAAGGGAUAGGGUUACAUUUAUAGCUAAGGGGCUUCCAUUUUUAAAAUAAAAAGUGACAGGGACAGCUUGAGGUAUUGACAAGGCGUGUGAGUAAGUUUAACUCUUUUAGGACGUUGCAGACACACCAUAUUAUAACCAAUCAGCAACAGAUCAAAGUCAUUAUUGAGUGAUAUUUCGAACCCUUAUACACAAACCAUAAUCACAAAUUCGCAUAUUAUUUUAUAUUAUUAUAACCCAUGCCCGUCUUUUCAAGUUUCAAAUAAAGAAAACGGAAUUGAAAACUGUAUAAGCUGCGAUGUUAUGCCCAAAAUCAGCGAGUCUGCAAGCCCUCUCGAAUGACCAGAAUGCGUGUCGAUCAAUGAGUUAAUCAGGCUGUCUUAGUUCUUUAUUUAUUGAGUGACGUAUCAUACAGUUCGUGAGUAUUGAAUUGAGAUUUGUGUUCUUCCUAAGUCAUUCAGAUGAUUCACAUUGAUGAGGACUCAACGUGACAGGUCGUAGUACUACGUGUGUGCCUGCUCUGUCUACCUUUUAACGCUUCACAGACAUUUGGAAGUCGUAGCCAUCAACGCCUGAAGAAAACUUCAUACCCGCUUCUAACAGAAAGUCUCGAAACUACUAAAAUACAUUGUCUUAUACCAAAGCACCACUGCUUGGAAAAGACUAAUACAAUACAUGAACCUGAUAAAAAAUAUACAUAGGACAUUCAUUAAGGAAAGUGGUGUAACGUUUGCAAAAAACGGCCUGGCAGUUAACGAGAGCUAAAAAAACCCGACAACAACGGUGUGGGAGAACAACGCGACGGAACUCAGGGGAAUUAUAAUUUAGGGUAGGACUUGAUGCAACACCCUUAUAUACCUGGAGAAAAUUUCGCAACAAUUAUAUGUAUAAACAAAAGCUUUAGCAGUUCUUAUCCUGUGUCUUAUAAAGAGAACAUUUUACGCCGACAAUAUUAUACACAAUAAUUAUUUUAAAAUUACGGAAGAGAUUUUACACUAGUAACAUAAUAUACGCGCAUACUGCAGCACCUUUUGUCCCGUUUCCCAAAACGGCAAACGAAAGAAGAUCUCAACACAGGGAAACAAACCACAAGCCCACCGCUCAGUGUAAGGUCAAGAAGACAACACACAGCAGCAGCAUGGCCCCUGUUGGACGAGAUCACAUGACCACCAUCAUUCUCCUAGCAACAUUUGUUGUGGCCGCUUCCGCUCAAGCGGUCCUUGACUUUGACUGUCGCCGGCAGGGGGCGCAGUGCGACGAUGGCGCAAAGUGCGACGUGACACAGGGAGACUGUGACUGUGCCACGGCCACAACUGGUACCAUAACAACACGGGACUACAAAUGCGGUGACAACUCAGAGUCUGGCACCUGCACAGCACUGUGCGAAAACAGCGGAGUCUGCGUCCUAUCUAUGUGUAACUGCCCCGAGAGUUACUAUGGAGACAGGUGUCAGAUGAACAGAGUGCAGGUAGAUUGCGACGGAUCAAGCAUGUUUCUCAACGUGAACCCGGAUGUUAAUACCUUCUCUGGUACAAUCUUUGUUGUCGGCCAGGAAACCACGCCCGGCUGUAAUCUGACUGCAGGAACUGGUGGCACAGGAUUGGGAAAUUUCAUCGAGAACAAAGAUGAUCUGGAUGGCUACAGAAUACAACUGGAACACACUGGGAGUGGCUGUGGAGACAUUACACCGGAGGAUGAAACAGAGAACGGCGUCACGUACAAAGUACGCAAACGCCAAUUUUUGGUACGUCAUAGUGUGGACUUCAUGACGUCACUAGAUCAGGUGAUCACUUCUGAGUGCCGCCGGGCUGAGGGCUCCACGCAGAUUUACAGUACUGCAUCAGUUGUGGAGCAAAACAACAAUGAUUUCACAGAUGUGAAUGUUGAUAGCGAUGUGGAAACUGUAACAAUGGCAGUGCAAAACGCCGACGGGUCACCGAUAUCUGACCCAGUGCAGCUCGGUGCUGAUAUGAUGCUUGUCUUCACCCUUGCUGCAGGUUCCGGUUUUGAGGACUUCCACGUCUCUUCUUGCGAAGCCAACAACACUGAGGCUGACACAGAAUCCAAGACCUUACAAUUCAUUGAAGACAGUUGUCCCAGCGCUACCGCUUACUCCCUGUUCCGGAGCGGGUUGACCAAGGAACCUGCUGCUGCAGCUGACGACCCGGUGGUGGUAAAGGUCAACAUGAAAGUGUUCAGGUUCCUGGGCAGCUCAGACAAGGUGGCGUUUGUCUGUGACAUUGUACUUUGUGAUGCUGCCAGCGACCCUCAGUGCGCAGAUAAAGAAUGCUCGGGUGUCGUGGCCAGCGAUGCUACAACCAGCCCGUCAACAGCCUCAGGAACCACCGCCAACCCCCUGGUCAACCCACAACCGGUCACACAACCGACCACACAACCGGCCACACCAGCCAACCCUGCAGCGACUAACCCCGCCAACAGCGGGAGGAAGAAGCGGGCAGCCGGAGACCAUCAGAGAGUAGAUAGCACCAUAACUGUUUACGACCCGGCCGAGGCCACAGGGCAAG